CUCCCUCUCGUCACUCCCCCACCACACACCCCAAGCCCCCACCUCCAUUUUUUCCAGCCAGGUUUGCAGCGAGAAGGAACAGCAAGGCUAGCUACACAAGCCGAUGGCCAAGGACGAGGUGAUGGAGACCGGCGGCGGCGGCGACUUCGCGGCCAAGGACUACACGGACCCGCCGCCGGCCCCGCUGAUCGACGCGGCCGAGCUGGCCUCCUGGUCGCUCUACCGCGCCGUCAUCGCCGAGUUCAUCGCCACGCUGCUCUUCCUCUACAUCACCGUGGCCACCGUCAUCGGGUACAAGCACCAGACGGACCCGGCGGUGAACAGCGCCGCCGACGCAGCGUGCGGCGGCGUGGGCGUGCUCGGCAUCGCCUGGGCCUUCGGCGGCAUGAUCUUCGUCCUCGUCUACUGCACCGCCGGCAUCUCCGGGGGCCACAUCAACCCGGCCGUCACCUUCGGCCUCUUCCUGGCGCGCAAGGUGUCCCUGGUCCGCGCGCUGCUCUACAUGAUUGCGCAGUGCCUCGGCGCCAUGUGCGGGGUCGGCCUCGUCAAGGCCUUCCAGAGCGCCUACUUCGUCAGGUACGGCGGCGGCGCCAACACGCUCGCCGCCGGCUACUCCAAGGGCACCGGCCUCGCUGCGGAGAUCAUCGGCACCUUCGUGCUCGUCUACACCGUCUUCUCCGCCACCGACCCCAAGCGCAGCGCACGCGACUCUCACGUCCCGGUGCUGGCGCCCCUCCCGAUCGGCUUCGCCGUGUUCAUGGUCCACCUGGCCACCAUCCCCAUCACCGGCACCGGCAUCAACCCGGCCCGGAGCCUGGGGGCCGCCGUCAUCUACAACAAGGACAAGGCCUGGGAUGAUCAGUGGAUCUUCUGGGUCGGCCCCAUGAUCGGCGCGGCGAUCGCGGCCUUCUACCACCAGUACAUCCUCAGGGCCGGCGCCAUCAAGGCCCUCGGCUCCUUCAGGAGCAACGCGUAACAAGUUAUCAUCCAUGUCAUCUGUAUGCAAGACUGAAGCAAUGGCGACCCGUGUUGUGUCCAUCCAUCCAGAGAGAAAUGCGCUUUUGCAACUUCUCGACAGUUCAGUUCGGCCGCCGCAAUGGUCGUGUUAUUAUGUGUCGGCAGCUGCAUAUGCGUAGUACGUGGUCCGGUCAUGCGUGCCGUGUCUUGUAAUUCGGUCCAUGGGAUCGCUUGUCUUAAUUAGCCCGCAUUGCUUUUCCUACUUGUAUUUAAAUUUAGCGACCAUAUGUAUGAUCGAUCCAACGUCGCCACCUUUCUAUCUAAGUCAUCAAUCCACCAAGCAAGUGAUCAUCCCAAA